ACCAAAAAAAAAUAUUUGCUGCUUUGCUCGGGUGCCUCCAACUCCAACACUUCCGAUUUUAGUGUAUCAAGGUUUUUGAUUGAUAACGAUUAUUCAAGUUCCAGCAAUCUAGUUGCAGAACAAAAAUGGAAUCGAUUCAUCCUCACUUCAAGCUAAUUUUGGGAUCAUCUUCGAUUGCUCGACGUAAGAUACUCACAGACAUGGGUUACCAAUUCACUCUCAUGAGUGCUGAUAUUGAUGAGAAAAGCAUCCGCAAAGAUAAACCUGAGGAGUUGGUUUUGGCUUUAGCUGAGGCAAAGGCUGAUGCCAUUGUGUCGAAACUACAUACUGAAUGUGAGGAUGAGGAACAACAACCUACAAUCUUGAUUGCAUCGGAUACAGCUGAAGCAAUCAUGCAGCGGAUCCCUGAUGGUGACAACAUAGAGGAGGAUAAGUCGACCUUACUUAUCACUUGUGACCAAGUGGUAGUCUAUGAAGAUACCGUCAGAGAGAAACCCUCUAGUGUCGAAGAGGCAAGGGAGUACAUAAGAGGCUAUUCCAAGGGACACACAGCAACAGUGAGUUCUGUGGCUGUGACAAAUCUCAAAACAGGGCUCAGAAAAUCCGGCGUUGAUAAAGUGGAGAUCUAUUUCAAUGAAAUACCGGAGGAGACUAUCGAGAAACUGAUUGAGGAAGGCACAGUGCUUAAGGUGGCUGGUGCACUCCUAAUCGAGCAUCCUCUAAUAUUGCCAUGUGUUAAGGAAGUGGCUGGGACAACGGAUAGCGUGAUGGGUCUGCCCAAAGAAUUGACUGAGAAACUGAUAAAGGAAGUAUUGGCAAUGACAAGCAUUUAGCUACUACAUUCAUGGUCUCUCAGCUCAGACAUAGAAACCAUGAACAAGUAUUUGUUAAACUAGUUGUGUUUAUUUUUCUUCCUUGUCUCUGACUGGAAUUUAAUAAUUUGAUUUCUUAUGGCCA